AUGGCAUCGUUUUGUCUGUGUGACACCUUUGACCUACUUCAAGCCGCUAUUCACACACUCUCAGCUGCUCCUACCGUCUACUUUGACUGUGAAGGAUAUGAACUCGGUCAGCAAAGAGGCAGCUUGGCAAUAAUCAGCUUGGGAGCUCUCACAACGGACCAAGAAAAGGAGGAACUAUCCGUUUUUCUUAUUGACGUACUCGCCUUCCGGAACAAAGGAGAGGUAAAGCAUCUUGAUCCCAUAUUCAAAAUACUGCAGUCAGAUGCUAUCGUCAAGGUCGUUUUCGACGGGAGGAUGGACGCAUCCGAACUCUACCAUGGAUAUAAUGUCACACUUCAGCGAGUCGUCGACCUUCAAAUUGCUGAUAUUGUCUCUCGAAGUAGACGAGGUGAGAGCACUGUCAAGCAGCUGGAACGUCUUCGGGGCUCUUUACCACGACGAGAGAUCGAAGAUAAUGGUAGCCUUCUUGGAAAGGUCCAGAAGCUCAAUGGACUUGUACCUGCCUUGUUAGAACAUGGGGUUAAUGUCGGAUCAAAGACUAGAAUAGACCACUCGAAAUGGAUGGAACGACCACUCGUGGAAGAGUAUCAGAACUAUGCUGCAGAAGAUGUCGUCUUGUUGCUACUAUUACAUGAAGCUUUGAUGAAGAAGAAGCUCAUCGAUGGCUUAAUCGAGGUUCAAAGCGGGCGAUACGUGACGCAGCACGCAAAGGAACGACCUUCCCCCUGCGAUAUCUAUAACCGUCAUGGGUUUUUACCUCUCGGUAUUUUGAGCUCUGAGUCCAAUAAUGAACUAAGGACAGAGGUAAACGCGCUCAGCCUACCACCUGCUAUGUCUGCCGUGCUGUCUUUAUUCGUGAUAAGUGGACUCAAUCCUGGAAAAGGAAGUGAAUUGGGUGACUAUAUAAGUUGGGUCUUGUCUUGGCUAAUUGCCAAAUACGCUUCGUGCAGGCUCGUUCUCAAGUGCAAACCGGGAUUCACCGUCACCAAUUCUUCAUUCUUUAUUUCUUCAUUCGAAUCACAGUACUUCGUUAUGUCGGUGUCGCCUUCAUUUCAUCUCUGCGAUAGCGUAGAAAAAUUACAAUACGUUAUCCACGCCCUCUCAACUACCCCAGUGAUAUACAUCGACUGCGAAGGAAAUCAUCUCGGUCAGUCAGAGGGUAGCUUGUCGAUCAUUAGCAUAGGGGUCAUCGAGCCGAGGCAAGGAGAGUGGUACCUGUCCAUAUUCCUUAUCGACGUCCUAGCCUUUCACGACAGAGGAAUCGAGUUCUUAUAUCCUGUUUUCUUCAUUCUUCAAUCCGACGCUGUUGUCAAGGUCGUCUUCGAUGGUAGGAUGGACGCAUCGGAAUUCCUUCAUGGCUAUGGCAUCAUUCUUCGGCGAGUGCUUGAUCUUCAAAUUGCCGACAUCGUUUCGAGAGAGACAAAGGGAGAAACUCAGACUAUGCAGCUGAAUCGUCUCAAAAGCUCUUUGCCACGACGUGAGCUGCUAAAGAACGAGUGCCUCUUCAAAUCUAUCCAUAAACUCAAUGGACUUGUCUCUGCUCUGACGGAACACGGAAUCAUGGCCGGAUCAAAAAUAAAACUUGACCAUUCGAAAUGGAUGCAAAGGCCACUUGAUAUCGAAUACCAACACUACGCUGCACUCGAUAUUCAUAUGAUAGUACUUCUACACACUACAUUAUUAGAGCAAGGUCUCAUAAAUGGAGCCAUCGAGGAACAGAGUGCGCGAUAUAUCAUACAACACGCAAAAGCACGGCCAGCGUCGACCGACAUCUACAAUUCUCAUGGGUUCUUGCCGCUCGGUAUUCUCAAACAACCCAAUUAUUGUGGCAAAUUCUUAUGGUGCGUGGGGUGUCGGAAAUUCUUGGCCAAGGAUUGUUUUCCAAUGGUCCAAUCUAGUUCUACACUUUGCGACACGGAAGAGAGACUCGACGACGCCAUAAAUUCCUUCAAUGAAGCCCAUACCCUCUUCUUAGAUUGCGAAGGAAAGACUUUGGGCACAACUGAUGGUCGUCUCUCCCUUGUCAACCUUGGUAAACUUGAACAAACGGACGACGGUACUAUGAAGCUGAACGUCUACCUGAUCGACAUCCUGGCCUUUGACGGCGAAAAGAAGAACCCUCUUCAGAAAUUAUUCACUAUUCUCGAAUCUAUGAAGAUAGUUAAGGUAGUCUUCGAUGGAAGAAAGGACGCUUCCGAGCUUCUGCAUGGCCAUAACGUAGAACUCAAGUGUGUCAUCGAUCUUCAAGUCGCAGAUGUUGUUUCCCGUGUAAAACGCGGGGAAGGAGAGAAUAGAAGGAUACAGAGGCUGAGCGGAAUGGUUUCAAGGCGUGAGCUCUCCACGAAUGCCAUCGGGUAUAAAACUGUACACCGGUUAAAUGGCCUGGACUUCACCCUUAGAGAGCACGGAGUCGCAGCACAACCUGGGAAACAGU